GUUUUAGUAUAAUAGUAAAAAAUAAGAGUAAAAAAUAUACAAGAUGUUUCUUAACAUGUUCGAACUCGGGCAUAUUUGAGAAGAAGUUUCGUCGCCAGCUGCUGGUCACAUUGAGUGCUAUACUUAUUACGCUCUGCCAUGGCAUCGGACUGGGCUGGCUGUCGCCGAUGCUGCCCAAGCUGCAGUCAGAGUUGGAGACGCCUCUCGAUUUUGUGAUUGAUGUUAAUGAAGCCUCCUGGCUGGGUGCAGUGAUCAGUUUGGGCGGUGUCACAGGCAAUUUCUUUUUCUCCUUCAUCAUGAAUCGCUUUGGACGCAAAGUGGCGCUCUAUGGCAUGGCGCUGCCGAACACGUGCAUUUGGUUUCUGUUCUAUUUCGCCGAAUCCAUUGAAUGGCUUUAUGUGGCCAGAGUCUGUGCGGGCUUAACGGGCGGCGGCAUGUUUGUGGUCCUGCCCAUUUUCAUAGGCGAAAUUGCCGACAACAGCAUACGUGGUCGGCUGUGCUCCUUCUUCACCCUGGCCGUCAAUACGGGCAUAUUGCUGGGCUUCAUAAUAUCCUCCUAUGUGCCCUACCAUGUGAUACCCUGCGUGGUGGUGGUCCUGCCGCUCUGCUAUCUGGCGCUAGCCACACGAUUCCCUGAAACACCGCAACAGCUGCUGCGCUGGGGACGGGAAGAGGACGCGCAGCGUUCAUUGAAAUUUUAUUGCAAUUGCGAUGGCCCGGCGCCCAGCAAGGAGUCCGAACGUGCCUAUCAGAAGCAGUUCGACGAAAUGCGCCAGGCCAUACAGCAGCAGACGAAGGACGAGCACAACGAGGGCCUGAGCAUAGCGGACUUCUGCAACAAACGAGCUUUAAAGGCCAUAACGACUGGACUCAUGCUGAUGAUAGGCAACAUAUUUACGGGCACCUUCGCCUUUAUUAACUACAUGUCCAAUAUCUUUGAGCGCGUGCACACCCAGCUGGAGCCCAACACGAACACCAUUAUCAUUGGCGCCGUGCAAAUUGUUGGCACGCUGGCAUCCAUCUAUCUGGUGGAUCGUUAUGGGCGAAAGAUACUGCUUGUGGUUUCCUGUGUGGGCAGCGCCCUGGGCACGACUGCAUUUGGCGUUUAUGCUUUCUAUGCGGAGGAAACGAAUACGGAUCUAAGCGCAUUUUCCGCCUGGCUGCCCGUCACAAUUAUGGCCAUUAUUAUAUUUGUGGCAAAUGUGGGCAUCAUCUCAGUUACAAUGGUGGUGCUGGUGGAGACGCUGCCCCAGAAGAUACGUUCGGUGGCCACAAGCGCCUGCCUGGGCUGCCUCAGCUUCUUUGCGUUCACAUCGCUGAAGAGUUUCCCGCUGAUGAUGGAGUACCUGGGACUGGCCGCCACAAUGUGGGGCUGUGCAGCGGUUAGCGCCUUGUGCGUCUUCUAUGUGGUCGUCUUUGUGGAGGAGACUAAGGGCAGGUCCAUGUAUGAUUAAACCAAACAUAUUAACACUAACAACUCAGUAUUAAGUGCUACAUUUUUCAUCAAAUCAUUUGUACCCAUAUCAUAUCAUUAAGUCUGACACUAAUCCGAAGAAAGGUUGUAAUAAAAUGUAGUUUUUAAAAAAAA